GCGCAGAGUCUGCGCGCUGACGUCCGACGCUCCAGGUACUUUCCCUACAGCCGACCAGGCUUCGGCGUGGGGGCGGGGCGCGACGCGCAGCGCGCAUGCGCCGCAGCGAGAGCGCUCUCCGCGGACUGUGCGGGGCCUGAGCCUCUCAGCCGGCGCAGGCUCUGCUCGCGCCAGCUCGUGCCUGCCGCCAUGCCCACCACCAUCGAGCAGGAGUUUGAGGAGUUGGAUGCUCAUCGUCGCUGGCAGCCACUGUACUUGGAAAUUCGAAAUGAGUCCCAUGACUAUCCUCAUAGAGUGGCCAAGUUUCCAGAAAACAGAAAUCGAAACAGAUACAGAGAUGUAAGCCCAUAUGAUCACAGUCGUGUUAAACUGCAGAAUGCUGAGAAUGAUUAUAUUAAUGCCAGCUUAGUUGACAUGGAAGAGGCACAAAGGAGUUACAUCUUAACACAGGGUCCACUUCCUAACACAUGCUGCCAUUUCUGGCUUAUGGUUUGGCAGCAGAAGUCCAAAGCAGUUGUCAUGCUGAAUCGCACAGUGGAGAAAGAAUCGGUUAAAUGUGCACAGUACUGGCCAACAGAUGACCAAGAGAUGCUGUUUAAAGAAACAGGAUUCAGUGUGAAGCUCUUGUCAGAAGAUGUGAAGUCGUAUUAUACAGUACAUCUACUACAAUUAGAAAAUACCAAUAGUGGUGAAACCAGAACAAUAUCUCACUUUCAUUAUACUACCUGGCCAGAUUUUGGAGUCCCUGAAUCACCAGCUUCAUUUCUCAAUUUCUUGUUUAAAGUGAGAGAAUCUGGCUCCUUGAACCCCGACCACGGGCCUGCGGUGAUCCACUGUAGUGCAGGCAUUGGGCGCUCUGGCACCUUCUCUCUGGUAGACACUUGUCUUGUUUUGAUGGAAAAAGGAGAUGAUAUUAACAUUAAACAAGUGUUAUUGAACAUGAGAAAAUACCGAAUGGGUCUUAUUCAAACCCCUGAUCAACUGAGAUUCUCAUACAUGGCUAUAAUAGAAGGAGCAAAAUGUAUAAAGGGAGAUUCUAGUAUACAGAAACAGUGGAAAGAACUUUCUAAGGAAGACUUAUCUCCUGCUUUUGAUCAUUCACCAAACAAAAUAACGACUGAAAAAUACAAUGGAAACAGAAUAGGUCGAGAAGAAGAAAAACUGACAGGUGACCGAUGUACAGGACUUUCCUCUAAAAUGCAAGAUACAAUGGAGGAGAACAGUGAGAGUGCUCUACGGAAGCGUAUUCGAGAGGACAGAAAGGCCACCACAGCUCAGAAGGUGCAGCAGAUGAAACAGAGGCUAAAUGAGAAUGAACGAAAAAGAAAAAGGUGGUUAUAUUGGCAACCUAUUCUCACUAAGAUGGGGUUUGUGUCAGUCAUUUUGGUUGGCGCUUUUGUUGGCUGGACACUGUUUUUUCAGCAAAAUGCCCUAUAAAUAAACAAUUAAUUUUGCCCAGCAAGCUUCUGCACUAGUAGCUGUCAGUGCUACAUUAAUCAUAGAGGUUUGUUUGCAAAUGCCUCAUAUCCCAAAAAUGGUGCAGUAGAAUAGACAUCAGCCAGAUAAGUGAUAUUUACAGUCACAAGCCCAACAUCUCAGGACUCUUCACUGCAGGUUCCUCUGAAACCUAAAUUGUAAAUGGCUGUCUAAAAUAAAGACAUUCAUGUUUGUUAAGAACUGGUAAAUUUUGCAAGCUGUAUUCAUACAUGUCAAAUACAGUAUUUCACCUGACCAACAUUGAGAAAUCCUUUAUCACAGGAUUUGUUUUUGGAGGCUAUCUGGAUUUUAACCUGCACUUGAUAUAAGCAAUAAAUAUUAUGGUUUUAUCUACGUUAUUAAUGGAAAGAAAAUGACAUUUAAUGUGUGUAAUGUAUAAUGUACUGUUGACAUGGGCAUCAACACUUUAUAUUCUUAACCAUUUCAGGGUAAAUAUAUUUUAUAAGUAUCUAUUUAAUCUUACUUUUGUAGUUAACUGUACUUUUUAAAAGCUCAAUUUGAAAAAUCUGUUACAUAAAAAAAUAAAUUGUAUGUUGAUU